AGAUCUCAUAAAGGUGAAGGUCGUUAAUGGGAAAAACGUUUUGGCACGAUGUUGGUGUAGUUGUAAAUCGUCUUGCUGACUUUACUUUGUAUUGAAGUGCAUAAUUAAAUUUCUUUCAAUUGUUUCGUUGAAUUUAGGAGAAGGGGAUUUAGUAUACAGCAAAAAUGUCAUCUCCAGAGGUGGAGAGGUUUGAGGUCACAGAUGAAGACCUACUGAAUGAGAUGGACCCAUACAGGAAGAGGUUUAGGAUGUCGAAGAACCAGGCCAUCUAUGGUGUGUGGGCAGAUGACAGUGAUGAGGAAGGUCAGCCUGGUACCAGCAGGGAGGGGAGGAAGAAAAAGAAAGACUACACAGCUCCUAUUGGCUUUGUCAGUGGUGGGAUUAAAAGAGGGAGCAAAGUUGAGAAAGAAGACGACGACGAGGAAGAAGAUGAGGAUGAAGAUGUUGCUAUGCCUUCUAAUAGUUUUCAAUCUGCCAUGGCUGGAGGAAGGAAAAGAGGAGGUUAUAAAGGAAAGAAGGGUCCAUACAAACCUGGAGAAGAACAUUUUGGUCACUGGGAGAAAAGUACAAAAGGGAUUGGAGGCAAACUCCUCGCCAAGAUGGGAUAUGUACCAGGGAAAGGUCUUGGUAAAAACCUGCAAGGUAUUUCCACACCAGUCACUGCCAAAAAGAGGGACGGUAAGGCGGCCAUUGGGUUUUAUGGAAGUGAAAGAACAGAACGCUCGCUGCAGGACUUCCCAGCCCAGGUCGACUCCGAGGAAGAGGAGGAGAAGGAGUUCAGACAACAAUUGCACCAGUGGAGGAAAGGAGGUGGAGAGCAGGCUGACAAAAAGAAGAAACCCAAAUAUUUGUAUAAAACAGCUGCGGAGGUCAUUGAGAAAGGAGGUCCUAAAGGAGGGAAGAAGAAGUCUGCCAUGCCAAGUCACCUGUCCAAUGUCAAGGUCAUUGAUAUGACGUCCAAGGAGCAGAGGGUAUUGACAGGUUAUCACGCCAUCAGCAACCGCCAUGACAGGCCAGACUCGGAUGAGGAAGAACGCCCAGUGGUACAGCCUCAACAGAAAGCCUUCGAUGUUCCUGAACUGUUGCAUAACCUCAACUUGCUGGUGGACAUGGCUGAAGAAGACAUCAUUCAGAAUGAUAGAACACUGAAGUAUGAGAAGGAUGUUGUGGUAAACAUGACCUACGAGAAGGAGAGCUUGAAGGAGGUUUGCGACCAGGAAGAGAAACAAGUCAAAAGGUUGCAAGAUGUCUUGGAGUUGGUUGAAAGCUGUGAGGCCCGUAUGCAGGAUGGAGCCAGUAAUCCACUGAGUCUGGAGGAGUGUGCCGAGGUAUUCAGGAAGCUACAGGCAGAGUACUAUGAGGAGUAUAAAAUGUAUGACUUAUCCAACCUGGCAGUGGGAAUGGUCUUCCCUAUGGUAAAGAAGUACUUUUCUGGUUGGAAGCCCCUUGAGCAGCCUUCCUUUGGUUUGGACACCAUGCAGCUGUGGAAGGCCAUCCUGGAGGACAGUAACCGUCAGUUUGGCCAGACAGACGGCAUGGACCCCUACCAGAGGCUGGUCUGGGAGGCCUGGAUGCCUACCAUCAGAUCCACUAUAGCCAAUGACUGGUCAGUCCGUUCCCCAGACCCCCUCAUCACUGUCCUUGAGAACUGGCUGCCCUUACUGCCCCCCUGGGUAAUGCAGAACAUCCAGGACCAGCUGGUUAUGCCAAAACUGACCUCUGAGGUGGAGGCUUGGAACCCCCUCACGGACACCAUGCCCAUCCAUGCCUGGAUACACCCCUGGCUGCCACUCAUUGGAGACAAGCUGGAGACCCUCUAUGCUCCUAUAAGGUUUAAGCUAGCUAAUGCCCUGAAGAACUGGCAUCCAUCAGACCCCUCAGCUAAGAUGAUACUGGAACCAUGGAGGAAGGUGUUCCAGCAGGGACAUCUAGAUGCUUUCUUAGCUAAGAAUAUCCUGCCCAAACUAAACCUCUGUAUGCAGGAGUUUGUCAUCAACCCUCACAACCAACAUUUAGAUGGUUGGACCUGGGUGAUGAGCUGGCAGGAUAUUAUGCCACUGCAGCACCAGGUCUCCCUGUUGGAGCGCCAUUUUUUCCCCAAGUGGCUCACCGUGUUGUGCACCUGGCUGAACAGCCAUCCAAACUAUGACGAGGUCACCAAGUGGUACAUGGGAUGGAAGUCCAUGUUCACGACAGACUUGCUGGCUAAUGGCGCCAUUAAAGAACAGUUCAGUCGAGCCCUCGAGAUAAUGAACAGAGCAGUGUCUGGCAACCCCUACCAGCCUGGUGCCAGAGAGAACAUUGCCUACCUCACACAUACUGAGAGGAGGAGGGACUUUGAGAGUAAAGCUACACAGGACAGGAGAUCUAUGGAGGAGUAUGAGGCUGUACAGAGUUCACAGACAGUACCCUCCAGUUUCAAGGACUUGGUGGAAAGAAAGGCUGAAGAAAAUGGUUUACUUUUCAUGCCAGUACCCAACAAAACCUACGAAGCUAAGCAAGUGUACAAGUUUGGCAGUGUUCAGGUGUACAUGGACAGAAGUGUGAUAUUUAUGCAGGAAGGGAUGAACUGGGUCCCUGUGUCUAUACAAGGUCUGAUAGACAAAGGGAGAGCAGGAAGUUAGGAAGGGAUGAACUGGGUCCCUGUGUCUAUACAAGGUCUGAUAGACAAAGGGAGAGCAGGAAGUUAGGAAGGGAUGAACUGGGUCCCUGUGUCUAUACAAGGUCUGAUAGACAAAGGGGGAGCAGGAAGUUAGGAAGGGAUGAACUGGAUCCCCGUGUCUAUACAAGGUCUGAUAGACAAAGGGGGAGCAGGAAGUUAGGAAGGGAUGAACUUGAUCCCAGUGUCUAUACAAGGUCUGAUAGACAAAGGGGGAGCAGGAAGUUAGGGAGGGAUGAACUGGAUCCCCGUGUCUAUACAAGGUCUGAUAGACAAAGGGAGAGCAGGAAGUUAGGGACACCUGCUAAAUUGGCUGGCAUUUGCCUGUAACCAGCACUUUAUAAAUGAAUAGACAUGGUACUUAAUUGUUUUAUACAAGGUCUUAUAGGAAGGUGUUUGCCUGCAUGGUCAAGUAUGGAUUUCUGUAACAGAACAAUAUGUACAUAAAACCUUUUUAUACAAAGGUAUACCUGUAUCAGGUACAGUACUGUAGCAUCUUGAAAGUUCUUUCUCUUCAAAAAAGUACAAUUAUAGAUUGUAUCAGUUAUGCUUUUUAUAAUUGUUCAACAACAUCAAGAGGCAAAUUUUCAUAAUGAACUGCAUUACUGCAAUGAACAACAAUGCUGACCUACUGAAAUGCUUGGUGCCAGGCAGAACAAUAAAAACAUACUGUUAAAACAAGGUGGUCUUGAUUCAUUUUCAUUAGCAUACAUCAAAAUUGGGCAGUGUAAAUAAUUUUGUGACUGGAAAUGGUUGUAGGAAGUCUUGAAGGCAUCAUAUCACACUAUUUACAGAGAAAAGGUA